GGGCGCGGGGCCUGCCUCGGGGAGACAAGCGGCCUCCUUGGGAGCGUGCCGCGGUCCCGGGGCCGAGGGCGGCCGUGCCCGGCGACGGGCUCCGCUCCCAGACCUUUGUCCCCCUGGCAGGACCCUUGGGCGUGAUGGCCGAAGCGGGGGCCCUGCCCGUGAGGGCGAGCGGCUGAGGCGAGCUGGGGGAGCGGAAGGAGGGAGACGACUGCGUGGGACGGGAGAGCAGGGCGGGCUACGGAGACCACGCGGGAAAUCGGGGCCAAGAUGCGCGGAGAGGAGAAGACAACCCGUGCCGCAGCUCGUGCUGCGUCACCCCUCCGGUUGCUGGGAAUGGUAUGGUCCCCACGGAUCCCCUGGGCGGUGUGGGAAGCGGCAGCUCCACUGCUCCGCGGAGAGCCGCUGGGACCGCCAGCGAGAGGGACGGCCCUGCUAGACAUGGGUCUGCGGCUCCCGCUGCGCCGCAGUGCCAGCUUCACCCCGGAGCACCCUGCCCUCCUGGAGGUGCCUGGCCCCGCCGCCCUGAAAAUGGAAGCAAACGUGCUCGUUAUGGGAGCGGACAACGUGGGGAAGUCGGCUUUGACUGUGCGUUUCCUCACCAGGCGUUUUAUCGGGGAAUACGGAGACAUGGAAUUCAUCUACAGCCACAGCCUGACCGUGGAUGGCCGAGAGAUUCUCUUCCACAUCUGGGACGUCCCAUAUUCACAGGACCAGGCAGAUGAGGGCUCCUCAGAGAAAAAGCGAAUCCAGUGGGCAGACAGCUUUGUCCUGGUAUACAGCAUCUGUGACCGUGCCAGCUUCAAUAUCCUGCCUCUCAAAGUGCAGUUCAUCAAGGCAGCCAAGGAGGGUCUGAGCCAGGAGAAGGUGCCCAUCGUCAUCGUGGGCAACAAACGGGACCUGCACCAUCACAGGGUGGUGUCCAGCGAGGAGGGCCGGCUCUUGGCCCUCUCUUUGGACUGUGGUUUCUAUGAGGUCUCAGCCGCCGAGGCUUAUCAUGGGGCGCUCAUGGUCUUCCAUGGACUGGCUGAGCGUAUCCCUGACACAAGACUGGCACUGAAAAGGGGUACUCGGAUCCGUGGCAUUGUCAAGAGCAUGUCGGCUGUGUUUGCCCGUAAAAGAACAGACUCUCUCUGAGCUCGCCCAGUGCGUUGCUUCUCUGUGUGCUGCCAGCUGGGCUUACGCAGUGCCUGGCUGGGCUGAGCCUCCUCCCUGGGCACCAGUGGAGAUGGGUGUACAUUUGAUAAGUAUGAUAUUUUCCUUGAUUACAUCCCAACAUCAGGAUCCAGGUUUCCAGCUAUAUAUGGCCUGUGCAGCCGAGGACUAUAGGGCUUUUCCGUAGCAAUGGGGAUAAGCCCUGCAGACCUAGGCUCCCUUGUAUGUCAUGGGAAGCUAUGAAUACCGCCAGCCCUGCCCCCAUGGUCAGUGUUGAGUUGCCUCCUUGGUUAGGAUUCAGCUGCAUUUUCCUAGUCAUGCCUGACGUCAUUGCUAAAGCACAUGGUCUCUGCAGGCCUCCCAUGAGGCUCUUAGCUCUAUGAUGGGACACGUUUUGAGUCAGAAUCUCUCCUUUUUGCCAUACAAGGUUUUUAGGUGCCCCCUGCUUUCUCCUUCAUUCCUCCAGCACCAGAAAUCACCAGGUCAUUUUACUGCUACCCCAGGCAGCAUUGGAGCUUUCUCUGUGUCUUCUAUGGGAAACUGCUCCAACUGUUGGUGAGCAGAGAGGAUGCACUGCAUUUGUCUGGUAGCACUGUCCUGCCCCCUGCUCUUAUCCUGGGUCCUGGCAGUGCUCCUUCUGCAGGAUUCCUGUUACUUCUAACUGUGAUACUUGUCAGGGUCCCUUUGUCUGUAAUCCUUGAUCUACUCUCACUUUUCUGUUGAUUCUCACACCCAACUAGCUGACUGGAUGAGGAUUUCUCCGCUGAACACUGGCUGGUGCUGAACUGGCUGUGGAAUAGCCAGCGGCUUCUAUAUGUGAGUAGUGGUGUCCAAGUCUCUCCGAUCCUGCAUUACCAGCUGAUACUGAAGGACCUCAGCAAGGAUGCUUUGGCCUCCGGUCCGGUCUGCCUUUUCUGCGUGAUUUCAAACAGUGCCGUGCUUUAUAACUGUGAGUCUCCCUGCCAACGGUCCUCCCUCCUACAGCCUUCAGUGAUUGCAGAUGUUUCCCUUGUUCAAAUGGUGUAUAGACUGUGCAUGGGAAAAAUUACCUGUAUGGCUCAUUCCCAGGGCGUGGUAUUGUAUAGUGCAUUUUAUAAACCCAGUCCUUCUGUAAAAGCCAUGCCUGUCCAUCCCCUGAGAUGAAAGGAGAUUGGGAAAAGGGACACUGGGCUCAUUCCUGAGCUCACCACUGCAGGAAGGCAUUCCCCUGCCUCUCCCUCAAACCCUUCACCACACCCCUCCAAGGCCCUUGGUGUGCCUGGGAGUGCUGCCUGUAGGAAGAGGGUUUGUGUACGUGAUGAAGAUAGUGAUUUCUCUAUUAAUGUGCCACUGUAAAUAGAAUAAA